GACGCACCUGGUGAGCGCGCGAGCGAGCGGCUCGGGCUCAGGGAGGCGGGAGCGGCAGGACCGCGGGGUCGGGGUGCGUCGACUGAGGUGGGUGGUACAGAUUUUUAGGGGUAUCAGAAUGUCCCACAGAAGUUGUUUCCUGGGAGGGCGAAUACCCCUAGAGGUUGACACUAUGGUGAAACAAUUGAAAGAUUUAGAUAAAGAAACGUUCAGAAGAAUUCUUAAAGCUGUUGUGAAUGCACUAGAAGGAAAAGACUGCAAGGAAUCCGUCAAGCACAUCACUGAAAACAUGAGCCUGUCUGAGGAACAGCUAAGUUAUAUCCUAUCAGGCAUGUACACAUUACUUAGAGAAGCUCUACGGUUACCACAGUCAUCCCUUAAACAGGAGGUUUUUAAAGAAGACCUAAGGGAUCUUCGGAUUCCAGAAGAAUUUAUUUCUGACUUUGCCAGUGUUGUUUUUGGUAACAGACGUUCAGUACUGGAGGCUGCAGCUUUACAGCAAGGAACUCGAUUGCCUGGUAUUGAAGACUUUAGGUGGCGAGUUGAUGUAGCUAUUUCUUCAAGCUCUUUGGCUCGUGCACUACAGCCUUCUAUACUGAUGCAAUUAAAGCUAUCUGAUGGCAAUGUUCAUCGUUUUGAAGUACCAGUGGUGAAGUUCCAGGAAUUGAGAUAUAAUGUUGCACUUAUCCUUAAAGAAAUGAAUGAUUUGGAAAAAAGAAGCAUUCUGAAAAUUCAAGAUUAAUUUUUUUUCACAAAGUUUUUUCUAAUAAACCUUUAAAGUCGUGAUUAAUAUCUUUAAUCAGGAACUCACUUGUAGCCAUUAAAAUAUACUGUAUAUAUUUGUUAAAGCUGCAAAACAUAUAAACUUUAAUCAUUUUGAGGCAUACAUGUUCCGAGGACCAAUUGUGGUUUCAACAUUCAUAUUUAUUUCUAAAAUUAUUAGAUUAAAAAUAUUUUUGCACAGAAGAUCAAGGUACAUCUAUUGAUGUACUUUCAGAGUCUCUGUGGCACAAGUUGGGUCAUUUUGCCAUUUCUACAUGUUAGCCAUGCCCUACACUUUCUGGUUGUUGGCUUGAAAUGCUUGCACAUUUUUAUUUACUCAACCGAAUGCCUGACACAUUGCGGAAACCAUCACCUUGCUUAAGUGUCUCCAAAUCCAACUGAAAGUUCCAUGCAUCCCAUCUGUACAGGGAAAUUCCAAAGAUAUUUAUUGGGAUGGGAAAUGUGCACUCUCCCUGGAGAGACUCAUACUGCUUACCUAAUUCCAGAAAGUAUUAGUCACAGGUUGGCAAAAAAUAAGGCUUGGGGUGUGCAAUGCUGUUGCAGUCUAACCAGCUAAAACUGCAUAGCUGCCAUUGAUAGUGUUGUCUGGCAAGCUUUCCUGCUGCUUGUCCAGUUAGGACCACACUACCUGUUAGGGCUUUGGCUUGCAGCGUUAACGGGAAAUGAGUGGAACAGUGUCAGGACUGCCGACGUGAGCCAACUAGGCUGUGUUAUCACUAGCAGUGCCCUGGGGUUCUGUGGACCUUACCUGGCUCAGUAACCAGACCACAGGGACUGCCAUAGAGGGUGGGGUCGAUUCUAACAUUCCUUGCCAAACAUGUCACCUUGGAGCUUAUUUUAUUCCACUGUUCAUUUUUGUUUUUUGAAGCUAUUCUACUCAUAAUAUGAUGCACAGUAAAGGAUUCAAAUUGUUCUUUCCACUUUAUAUGCAAUAAAACGGGAAUAAUUUAUCAAGG